UUCUCCAACUCCAAGCCAAAUUCUGCAUCAUCAGCCUUCCACUUACCUAACAUCUCCUUGUCACUUCUUACUAUUACUAAUUUUACAAAACACCCUCGUCCUCAUUGAUAAACAACUAGCCUCCAAGAAAUAAUAACUUAAUAGAGAUACAGAUAGAGACUCUUGGUCCUCUCUCCAUCAAUGGCUACCAUGUCUACUCUCUUCACCAAAACCUCUUACAGUUCUCACUCUCUCCCAAAACCACUCAAUACCCACUUUGGCCCUACCCUCAAGCUAUCAUUUGCCCCCAAAACCCAACGGAAACGGGUCAGGAUUCAAGCAGGGUUGAUCGACCCAGAUGGUGGGAAACUUGUUCAACUAUUCGUUGAAAAGUCACAACAAGAUCUUAAAAAGAAAGAGGCAAUUUCAUUGCCUAAAGUUAAGUUAACAAAGAUUGAUAUUCAAUGGGUGCAUGUUUUAAGCGAGGGCUGGGCAAGCCCUCUCCGCGGAUUCAUGAGAGAAUCCGAGUUCCUCCAAACACUUCAUUUCAACUCUCUCCGUUUGGAAAACGGGUCGGUUGUUAACAUGUCGGUGCCUAUUGUGCUCGCUAUUGAUGAUUUGCAGAAGCAGAGUAUUGGCGAGUCCAAAAGGGUCGCUCUUGUUGACUCUGAUGACAAUACCAUUGCCAUUUUCAACGAUAUAGAGAUUUAUAAGCACCCCAAAGAAGAACGGAUUGCCAGAACGUGGGGAACUAGUGCUCCUGGUUUACCUUAUGCUGAAGAAACCAUAGCUAAGUCUGGGAACUGGCUGAUUGGAGGGGACUUGGAAGUUUUAGAACCAAUCAAGUAUCAUGAUGGCCUUGAUCAUUUUCGGUUGUCACCUGCAGAACUCCGUGAAGAAUUCACUAGGCGUAAUGCAGAUGCUGUCUUUGCAUUCCAGCUCAGGAAUCCCGUGCACAAUGGACAUGCUUUACUCAUGACAGAUACUCGCAGACGGCUUCUUGAGAUGGGCUAUAAGAAUCCCAUCCUUUUGCUUCAUCCACUAGGAGGCUACACAAAAGCAGAUGAUGUUCCACUCAGCUGGAGAAUGAAGCAACAUGAGGAGGUGCUUAAGGAUGGUGUCCUUGAUCCAGAAACAACUGUGGUUUCAAUAUUCCCAUCUCCCAUGCAAUAUGCUGGUCCAACUGAGGUGCAGUGGCAUGCAAAAGCUCGGAUUAAUGCAGGAGCUAACUUUUACAUUGUUGGCAGGGAUCCAGCUGGAAUGAGCCAUCCAGUUGAGAAGAGAGAUUUAUAUGAUGCUGAUCAUGGGAAGAAGGUGUUGGGUAUGGCCCCAGGACUGGAGCGUUUAAACAUUCUUCCUUUCAGGGUUGCUGCAUAUGAUAAGACUCAGGGUAAAAUGGCAUUCUUUGAUCCCUCGAGGCAAGGAGACUUCCUCUUUAUAUCUGGCACAAAGAUGCGAACACUUGCAAAGAACAAAGAGAACCCUCCCGAUGGAUUCAUGUGCCCUGGUGGCUGGAAAGUGUUGGUUGAAUACUAUGACAGUUUGACACUGGCAGGCAAUGGCAAAGUCCCAGAACCUGUCCCAGCUUAAAUGGAGUUAAGGAUUUGUUGUACCAUAUACUGUUAUGCCAUCUGGUUGGGAGAUACUGUAAAACUUAUUCAUCUCCAUGUGCUCCAGCAUUUGUAUAGAUUCUCUGUCCAGAUAUCUAAUAAAAUCACGAGGCACUGGAGCAGGGACAAAAAAUUUGCCCCAAUUUGCAAUUAGAUGCCUGCUGUGGCAUCUAGCAUUGGCACACUGGCAUGUGUGUUGGGCGCAGUGUAUCAUACUGUGGUUGUGAUUCUAUAAAAGACAUGGUGUGUUUGUUUAAUUUUU